AUGACCAUCCUCGAAAUUGCCUGCUUUACUCCCCAAUCAGCUAUCACGGCAGCCCAUGGAGGGGCCGACCGUAUCGAACUUUGCCAUGAUUACGCCUUGGGCGGCCUCACCCCUUCCUUGGACGCCGUUGCGACCGUGAAAUCCCAGCUCUCGAUCCCCGUCUACGCCAUGAUCCGACCGCACGCACGUUCCUUCGGCUACGAUGCGACCGACUACGCCGCGAUGGAAUCCAGCAUGGAGGAUUUGAAACGGGCAGGUGUUGACGGUUUUGUCUUCGGCAUAUUAUUGGAUUCAGACUCGGUCGCCAUCGAUGUCGAGCGAAACCAGGCGCUCGUGGCGCGAGCAGAGGGCCGACCGUGCACUUUCCAUCGCGCCUUUGACUUGAUCCCCGAGUCCGACUGGGAAGGGGCCUUGACGGAUAUUGCCAAGUGUGGGUUCACCUCCGUCCUGACAAGCGGGGGACCCUCCGGACGAAAUGCUACGGACUGCGUGACACCCCUCGGGGAGCGAUUAGUCCCAUGGGCAAGGAGGCAUGGGCUGGACAUAAUCGUGGGAGGGGGAGUGCGACCGUCCAAUGUCACUUGGCUGUGCGAGAGGACGCAAGCGCCGGCGUUUCAUUCCGCCGCCCUGCUGCCAUCCGAGGACGAGGUACGAGAGGAUCAAGUCAGACAGCUGCGACGAGCGUUGGAUGCAUGCCGGCUGAGUUAG